ACGAGUGGCUCUAACAAUCCAACACCUCUCCAACCAUCAUUUCCCCAUCUACCUCACAAUUCCACCCGCACCAAAAACCCUAAAAUUCAAUCCCAAAAUUCUCCCAAAGAAGCUCAGCAGCUAUGUGGAGCGGUGGAGAAGCUAGUGGUAGUGGCGGUGGCGGUGGUGCUGGCGUCGGCCGUGGAAUCUACUGGGGACGGAAGGAGGAGGUCUCUGAUUCCAAAGGAAUCGUUGUUAUCUUCGCUUGGGUUUCGAUUCAGGAGAGGCACUUGCAGAAUCACGUGGAUUUGUACUCCUCUCUCGGUUGGAAUUCCCUCGUUUGCCAUUCCCAUUUUCUCCAUGCAUUCUAUCCCGAAAAGGCCAUGUCGUCCGCCUUUGUUAUUCUCAACGAGCUUGUUGAGGAGCUAAGGGUUAAGCCAUGUCCUGUAGUCUUUGUGGCUCUUUCUGCUGGUACAAAAGCUUGUAUGUACAAGGUUUUUCGGAUUAUUGACGGAAUUUGUGAAGGUCAGCUUUAUCCGGCUGAAUAUCGAUUGGUCAGAAAGUGUAUUACUGGACACAUCUAUGAUUCUGGUCCAGUUGAUUUUACAAGUGAUCUGGGCACUCAAUAUGCUCUACACCCAACCAUUCUAAAGAUGCCUGGAUCUUCAAAACUGGUUUCUUGGGUAGCUAAAGGCAUUGCUUCCGGUUUGGAUGCGUUGUAUCUUACUAGAUUUGAAUCCCAGUGCGCUGAGUAUUGGCACGCUCUGUUUUCAUCUGUUAAUUUGGGUGCUCCAUUUCUCGUUCUGUGCUCUGAUAAAGAUGAUCUGGCCCCCUAUCAUAUUAUCUGCAAUUUCACUCAACGUUUACAAGAACUUGGAGGAGAUGUCAAGCUUGUGAAAUUGAAUGGCUCCCCUCACCUAGGUCAUUAUAAGCAUUAUCCAAUACAGUAUAGGUCUUCCGUUACUCAUUUUCUUGAAAAGGCUGCCUCGGUAUUUUCUCAAAGAAUUAAAGAACUUGAAGGUGAAAAUACUAACAUGGAAGGCGUGCAAGAUGAGAUAUCUGAACUAAUAUGUGAUCUCCAGAAAGCAGCAGUUAACUCUAAUCAGAGCCUUAGAAGAGUUGCAGUGGAGCCAAGCGACCACUUCUUCUUGCCAAGUUCAGCUGAGAAUCAAAAUAGUAGAGACUCUGGGUCUUUACAAGAUGAAAAAAAAGAAAGAUCCGUCUCUCUGCCCAGUCCCCCAAGCAUUAGUGCACAUAGUGUACUCGGCCAAGUCCUGUUUGAUGUUUGUGUCCCUAAGAACGUUGAGGGUUGGGAUAUUAAAUUUUGCGGGUCUUUGAAUGGGCAGCCAUUUGCCUCUGCUCGUAGGAAUUCACCUCCUCGUGGUCUCAAAAGCUUUCGUCGCUCAAGAUUAUGACUUCUCUUAUGGGUUAGCUGGAACUGAAGAUCCUGAGAGAUUCGAUACAGAUAUUAUUCCAACAGGAUGGUGCACAAUGAAUUAGUGGUUGCAACCAAGGUGAGGACUGCCUUUUCGGGCAUCUUCAGGGGUAUCCAGAGUAAACCAUGCUUAUUCCAACUCGUUGGUCUGGUCCUCUGGAAUGAAGUGUACAGAAUCUACAGAUGGAAUGAAGGAUAAUCACAUGUGUUUAACAACGUAACGUAUAUAUGUUUAAUAUAGAUUUUGUCCAUCUGAUGACGCAUCGAAAUGCAUAGAUGCCGGUGAUCUCGACGGUUGAUGAUGAUACAUAUCGCCAGGAGUGAGGUCAGCCGUGACGCCGCCCGAAACGACCAUGAAGGGAGUAACUAUGACAGUAGAUGUUGGAUGAAUCAUGACUAAGAUUUGUACACUGUAAAUAGGAGGAAGAUGGAUAUUGUAACUUUUCCUGAAUAAGCUAAUAAAAACUGGAUAUACAUCAGAAAAUUUAGUACUGAUUGAAA